AUGAUUGGUGAUGGUGAAGGGAUGAGUGAAUUGAUGGAUUGGGGAAUUCGUGGAGCUAGGGUUUCGAAUCAAGAAGAUGAUGAUGAAUUGUUCUUGAUUCGGGUUGUAGAGAGGAUGAUUGGUGGAAUGAUAGGUGAUGAUGUGUUUGUCGAAAAGGAGUCAAUAAAGGAGUCCGAGUCCGACGUUAAAUCAGAAAAUGUGGAGUCCGAAUCAGAAGAGAAGUCAGAGUCUGAGUCUGAAGGGUUUGGUAAACCAGAAAUUAAAUCUGUUAAAGAAGAAAAGGUUUUUGAAAAGAUUGAUCCAAUUACUGAAACACCAUGCGAAAACUGUUUAAAACCCUGCAUGGAUUGUCUUGAAAAAGACAAACAGUUUCAAGAAUUGAAGAAAUAUACUAAUAACGUAAAAUUUGAUCUUAAUGAUGUGAAAGAAGCUUAUGACACUUUAUCACGUUCAAUCAAAAUGAUUCAAAUGGAAAGUAUAGAAAAUGAUAAAGCUACUAAGUUUUUCAAAGAAACUGUCAUGGAAAAGCAGAUGGAGAUUAACAUUCAUCUGGACACAAUCGCAUCUUUGAAAAAGGAACUUGAAUUGAUGCGUAUUGAAACAGAAAGAGUUGAUAAGAAAUUGAUCAGUUACAUUUCUUCAUCUUAUGUGAUUGAUCAGAUUGUUCCUCAACAAACUGAUGCUAAACCUGCUUUCAACAAUGUUCCACCCCCAAUAUUAUGCCAAGGGAAGAAUAAAAUCAUAACUUCUUUUUUCAAAAGAAAGAAUGAAGAACAAAUAGAGGGAAUUGAUGAUGAAAACCAUGAUAUUAAACGUCAAAAAGCCUUAACAAGCGAACUGGUUAAUGAACCGAUUAAUGAAGCGGACCAAAACAAUCAACAUGAGUAUGAUGUUCCUCAAAAUCGACAAGAAAACAUCAAUGAAGUGGAUGUUAGUAGUCUAGAAAGAGAUCCUGCUAAGCGACUUGAAAUGUGGAAAUAUCCGGUUAAUAUAAGGGAGCAAGUGAGACUGUCUUAUAUAUCGUUAAGAGUGUAUCAAAUAAAGCUUGAAGAGUAUAAGUCUAGAGGUCCAAAGAAUAAUCUUCGUAGAUUUAAAUAUGCUUGGCUUGUUAAUGAUGGGGAUAAAUGUCCAUUGUUGAUGCACGUUAAAUCUUCAAAACAUAAAAAGGCUUUUGUAUUCUAUAGUAACUUGUUGAACCAAGAAGCACACCUUGAAAAUUUCAUUGAAAAGCAAAGUGAAGAGCAAAUAAGGAAGAACUGUUUAAGAUUAAAAACCACAAUUGAUGUAGUUCGUUGGUUGACAUACCAAGCUUGUGCUUUACGAGGACAUGAUGAAUCUCCCACAUCUAAGAAUCAAGGUAACUUUCAUGAAUUGCUAAAACGUUUAGCUUAUUAUAAUGAUGAUGUUGCAAAGGUUAUUUUGAAAAAUGCUCCUUAUAAUUCCAAGUAUAUAUCUUCCGAUAUUCAACAAGAAAUUCUUAGUAUUAUGGAAAAUAAAGUUCGAAAGCAUAUACGUAGUGAAUUGAGGGAUGCAUGGUUUUGUGUCAUGGUUGACGAGUCACGGGAUGAGUCGAAAACGAGCAUAUGGCGAUAG